GCAUGCAUCCCCUUUAAAUGGUUAGACUGGUCACUCGUUUUAUAACCCUUUAUCCCUCAUGGUUAAAUUGCCAACCUUAGAGCACACAGUACUGUAUGAUUCUUCAUGGAAAACUGCAUAGAUGGCAGUAUUGUGAAACUUUGAUAUUUUUAAAUGAGGUGAACAAACAGUUGUAUUAGUCAUGGCAAGGGUGGAUGAUAUAUUCCAAGAAGGAUUAUUCUUAAGAUACUGAUGUUAUCCUCAUGACAAAUAAAAACUCUCUAUAAAAUAUUAUUUAAAUUAGACCCUCAGUUUGACCCAGGUUAAUAUCAAUCCUAAGCUCAAAGGCUACAUUUGGAGUGCUGUGGCGUUUUAGAGCCGCCAUAGGCUGUCAGAUCUGGGAAACUAGUCAAAACAAUAAGCAGCCAGGGCAAUUGUUUUUGCUGCCUACAGGAACACGCUCUGAGAAGAGACAAUGAAGCCUGCUGCUUACAAUUAUUUCCGUUGUAGGUUAUCAACCAAACAGGAUGCAUCAGUUUGAGCAAGCCUAACGACUCAUCACACUGCUUUGGCAUUUGGACGUCAUACGAACAAUUUCUUCUCUAUUCUCAGAGAUGAACUGAAAAUUUACGAACGAUAGGCAGUUUUUAUAUUGAUGAUAGUGACGGGAUGAUGCGCGUACUAAUUCUGAUGCUGUUCACUUUUGUCUCUGGCGGGACCAAUCGGGUGACCACAACGUGCACGGCUGAGGCUUGCCUUACAUUGCAUUUGGAGGAGGAACGUUUUGAAGAAGCUCAUAAGAACUGUAUCGAUAAUGGCGGUAAUUUGGUCACUAUGAGGAAUCACAAUGAAUUAGAGAUCGUGAAAUCAGCUCUUUUAGCAUCAGGAGAACGCUCCGUACGCCACUCUAAACUUUGGAUAGGACUUGAAUUGGUCAAAGGAAACUGUACUAAUUUCAAUGAGGAGUUGCAUGGCUACAAAUGGACGUCGGAGCCAAGAGUUUCCAAAUAUUCCAACUGGAAAAAGAACCCUUCGAGUACGUGCACGGAAAAGCGGUGCGUGUCGGUGUCGUUACUGGAUGAUCUGAAAUGGACAGAUGGCACGUGCCGAGACAGCGCCUUUUAUAUGUGUACAUUUCUUUCCAAAGGCAUGUGCAAACCCAUUGCGUUGGACGAACCAGGUGAUGUCAGUUAUAAUCUUCCAUUUUUAACAAAACCCCUCAAUCAGAAUGACGGGUUGUCAAUGCUACCACAUGGAACAUGGGCUGAAAUACAGUGCAAUGGGUCAGAGGGUGAUGGAACUUUUAUCUCUUUGUGUGACAACAAAAAUGGUCCUUUUGACUGGACAAAUUCAGAGCGCUUUUGCGCACGGGAUAAAAGAAGUUGCAAACAUAAAAACGGUGGUUGCGAUCAUCUUUGUUUAGAGACUAAUGCGGCAGGUGUGCGUUGUGAAUGUCGGGAGGGUUAUUAUCUGACGGAUGAUAGAGUUAGUUGCGCUCUCAGAAACAACUGCGAAAAUUCACCGUGCGAAUCGAAGUGCGUAUCGACAGCCACUGGGUUUUCGUGCGCAUGUCCGGAUGGAUUUCAGCUGGCACGAGACAACAUCAGCUGCGUUGAUAUCGACGAAUGCAGUCAAAGCAUCUGCGGCGAACACAAGUGUCGCAACAAUCCGGGAAGCUACUUUUGUGUGUGUAAACCAGGUUUCAGGCUUUUAGCUGGGAAAUGCGAAGACGUGGACGAAUGCACCGAAUUCAGAUGUGACCAGGGCUGUCUCAAUUCACAGGGUUCAUUCUCAUGUUACUGUCACGCAGGUUACAGUUCAUCAUUGGACGAUAGUGGGACAUGUAUAGAUAUAGAUGAAUGUCUCAAUAAGCCGUGCGAAGACAUCUGCUUUAAUACUUUGGGAAGUUAUAGGUGUUCGUGCAGGCAAAACUUCACUUUAGCUGAAAAUGGCAUAAGCUGCGUCCCGGAUCCAACAGAGAAACCACACAACAGGCCUAGUCCAACAUCCCAAAACCACGAAGAGGCACUCAUAACAGAACUGAAUCAGUUAGCUGACGCCCAUGGACCCUCAGCAAUCAAUCCCCUUUUACGCAACGAGACAAAUACUAAAACAGACUCUAGUAAACGUUCAGAAAGUUUCCUCGGCAGUUCUUGGAUUUUGCUGUGUGUCUUGGGUUCAGUUAUUUUAUUGCUUAUGCUCAUUGUGCUCACGUCAGUCUUUGUCAUCUACCGAUGGAAACGCUCAAAAAAAGCCAUUAAGAAAAAUGCCACUGCUGAUAACUAUUGCUGGGUUUCAUCUGGAUUAGAUCAUCUAGAAAAAGAGCAACGCUGAUUUUUUUUUUUAUUAUUAUUAUUUUGUAAGACGAUGUGUACAUUAAAGGAAUCGUUCUCCCAAAAAUACUUUCAUCAUUUACUCGCCCUCAUGCCAUCCCAGAUGUGUAUGACUUUUGUUCUCCUGCAGAACAUAAAUUAAGAUUUUUAGAAAAAAAAAAAAAAAAAAAAGUCUCAACUCUGUAGGUCCAUUCAAUGCAAGUGAAUGGUAGCCAGAACUUUGAAGCUCCAAAAAGCACAUAAAGGCAGCAUAAAAGUAAUCCAUAAGACUCCGGUGGGUAAAUCCAUGUCUUCAGAAGCGAUAUAAAAGAUGUGGGUGAGAAACAGUUCAAUAUUUAAGUACUUUUUACUAUAAAUUCUACUCCCUGCCCUGUAGGUGGCGAUGUGCGCAAAGAAUGUGAAUCACCAAAAACAAAAGAAGAAGAAUGUGAAAUUGAAAGUGGAGAUUUAUAGUAAAAAAGGACUAAAAUAUUAAUCUGUUUCUCACCCACACCUGUCCUAUCGCCUCUGAAGAAAUUGAUUUAAAUGCUGGAGUCGUAUGGAUUACUUUUGUGCUGCCUUUUUGUGUGUUUUUGAGCAUCAAUAAGCAUCGUUUGAGCAUCUGGCCAUCAUUCACGUGCAUUAAAUAGACCAACAUAGCUCAGAUAUUAUUAUUUUUUAAGUUUUCGUUUGCGUUCAGCAGAAUCAAAAAGUCAUACACCUCUGGGGUGGCAUGAGGGUGAGCACAAGAUGAGAGAAAUUUCAUUUUUAGGUGAACUAUUCCUUUAAAUGUGAAUGUGUAAUGUGAGAUUUUACAUAGAGAAGAUGGGCUAUUGUUUGCAUGCUGAAGUUGUCAUGGGCUGUCUCAGUAACUACAAGGUUUUGAGUCAAACAGCAAAUUACACAAAUGCAUGUUUUCUCUAGCAGUGGUUUUGUAAAUUGAUUUAGUUCAAAUAUGUCUUAUUUGAAUAACUGAAGUGAAUUCUGUCCUCUAAACUUAAAUUCCAGCAUCAUAAUAUGUUGGUAAUAGUAAUGAGAAGUAAUUAAGUUAAAACAAUUAAUGGCAUACACUAAGGCAAGAGUCAACAACAUAAUGAUGGUAGAUUUUAAGGGUGUGCUGUUUGGUGGCAAGUUGUCACCAGUGUUGGGUAAAAGUUUCUCAAAAUAAGUAAUCCACUACAAAUUACUAAUAAGUUUACUUCUCUAAAAUUGUAAUCAGGUUACUUUACUGAUUACUUCAUCAAAAAGCAAUGACACUAAUCAUUACUUUACUUUUAGUUUUCUUUCUAAAACACUUCAUAGGAAAGCUUUUGUUUUGUGUACAACAAAUUCUAAAUGUCUAUAUUUCUAUCAUGUCUAUAGUUCAUUGUCUCACCCUUCAGCUGUCUCAGAAACACAAACAGACAUACAUAUGAACAUUAAUUCAUAGUUUAAAUGUAUUAUAUGGCCUACAUAAUAUUGUAGUAACACUUUACAUUAAGGUUUCCUUUGUUAACAUUAGUUAAUGCAUUAGGUAUCUUGAAGUAGCAAUGAACAAUAUAUUUGUACAUAAUUUUUUAAUCUUGGUUAAUGUUAGUUUAUAAAAAUACAAUUGUUGAUUGUGUGUUCAUGGUUUAAUAACUAAUGUUAACAUACACAACUUUGUAUUUUGAAAUUAAGUAGAAUAAAUGUUGUAAAAGUAUUGUUUAUUGUAAAUUCAUAUUAACUUUAGUUAACAAAUUGUUAACAAAUGGAACCUUAUUGUAAAGUGUUACCAAUAGUAUUUUAGAAAUACAGUAUGUGUAAUAAGUAAUGUAGCCUACAUAAAAAUAAUUACUUUAUUCAGUAACUGUAAUCUGAUUACAAUCAUUUAAAAUGUUACACUUUAAUUCGUGAAAGUAAUUAAAUGCAAAUUAAUAGUUAAAGUUAUUAGAUUAUAUAACUAAUUACGUUGUAUUUGAAUUACACCCAACAUUUGAAGGCCUAUUUUAUACAAUUAUACAGUGUAUUAAUUACAAUUUCUGAUGGCCAAAACAAUGCUUUAAUAUUUUGUAUUUACUUUUUCAUUUUUAGCUGUUUCAUGCAUUGCUUUGUGUUUCAUAAUUGUUUAAAUUUAGCUGAACAUUCUAUUUAAUGACAUGUUACCAUGCAACAAAAUGCUGCUAUUGGGGAAUGUUGUCACAAAAGGUCAACAUGCACUAAAUGAACUGGUGGAAAUGUUUAAUAGACUUUUGAUGCCAAGACUUUAAAGUAUGUGUCAAUACAGAAAUUGACUUUGAGAAAUAUUCACUGGGGUAAAACAGUAAAAAGUGUGACAAUUCUCUCCAGUCUCCCCCUUCCUUAUAGCUCCAUGAGACUAACGACUAACUCCAGAGCACUAAAUGUAAAAAUUAUAUUAGAUUGUUUUUACUUUAUUAUUUGCUUGUUUUAUGCCAUUAUUGUAAAUAUUUUCUGUACAUUUUACUUGAGCAAAUAAAGUAGCUUAAAAUAAAACUCCACCUCCUGAUGUUACUGCAGUUCUCUAUUAUUAUAUAAUAUGAUUUCAAGCAAAAUGGCCUUAAAGUAGUCUCUACUUUACUAUGGGUAUCGGUAAUCUGCAAGCUACAAUUGUAAGUAAUAUCAAGUAAAAUUUGUAAGAAAUAACAAGUAAAUUGUAAGUAAUAUAUCUUCAAACAAGUGAGUAAAUAAUUAAUUGAUGACUGUGUAGAGGUACUAGCAAAGGUGUUGCUAGACCCUAUUUAGGAGGACUUCAGCCCCCCUAAAUUUCAUAUUAGCCCCUCUAAAAGUCUGUGACUUUGCAAACAGCACAAAUGUGUGAUUACCCAUUGUGAGCUCUUUAAACAACGGCAGCACUGCAAUUAUGUGCGAGACAUGGAUGGUGACUUUUCAUGCCUAU